CAUAACCUUUGAACAACAAUAUCCAUCUCCAUCAUCACCGGCGACGGCGGAGACACGACGCAACCACCAUUCUCCGCCACCGGCCCAGCCAUUGCAAUGGGCGAAGAAACCCCGGGAAACGACGUAAUCUACCUCCAUGGCGACCUUGACCUCAAGAUCAUCGAAGCCCGGUGCCUCCCCAACAUGGACCUCCUCGUCGAGCGCCUCCGCCGCUUCCUCACCGCCUUCAAGGCCUUCAAGAAGCCAUGCACCCCCUACCGCCGCCGCCGCCACCACCACCACAGCAAGAUCAUCACCAGCGACCCCUACGUCACCGUCUGCCUUGCUGGCGCCCGCGUCGCCCGCACCCGUGUCAUCUCCAAUUCCCAGAACCCCAUCUGGGACGAGCAUUUCAACAUCCCCCUCGCCCACCCUGUCUCACACAUCGAGUUCGAGGUGAAGGACAACGACAUGUUCGGCGCGGACCAGAUCGGGGUGGCGAAGAUGGAGGCGUGGCGGAUCGCGUCGGGGGAGACGAUCGACGAGUGGAUCCCGCUGCUCGGGCCGCAGGGGCGGCCGUACAAGCCGGACACGGCCGUGCGGCUGCAGAUCACGUUCACGCCGUGCAGCUCAAACCUGCACGGCGUGACGGAUAAGUACGCGCUGCGGGAGAGCUACUUCCCGCUGCGGCACGGGGGGAAGGUGACGCUGUACCAGGACGCGCACGUGCCGGACGGGAUGCUGCCAGAGAUCGAGGUGGAGGGAGGGCAGAUGUUCGAGCACGACAAGUGCUGGGAGGACAUAUGCCACGCCAUCAUGGAGGCGCACCACAUGGUGUAUAUCGUGGGGUGGUCGAUAUACCACAAGGUGAGGCUCGUGAGGGAGGCGUCGCGGCCGCUCCCCCGCGGCGGUGAACUCACACUGGGGGAGCUGCUCAAGUAUAAGUCCCAGGAAGGGGUGAGGGUGCUGCUCUUGGUUUGGGAUGAUAAGACUUCCCAUAGCAAGUUCUUCAUCAAUACUACAGGAGUAAUGGAAACUCAUGACGAAGAAACUCGCAAGUUUUUUAAGCACUCCUCGGUCACAUGCGUUCUUGCUCCUCGUUACGGAAGCAAUAAGCUUAGCAUUUUCAAACAACAGGCAUCCUUUCUUCUUCUUUUACUCCCUUUGUCCCCAAUUAAUAACAUGCAGGUUGUGGGAACAAUUUACACUCACCAUCAGAAAUGUGUGAUAGUUGACACUCAAGACCACGGCAACAACCGGAAAAUCACAACAUUCAUCGGCGGUCUCGACCUCUGCGACGGCCGCUACGACACACCCGAGCACCGCCUCUAUCGCGAUCUCAAAACCGUGUUCCGUGGCGACUAUCAUAAUCCCACAUUCGGUACAGGAACUAAGGCUCCAAGACAGCCGUGGCACGAUCUACACUGCAAGAUAGAAGGCCCGGCCGCCUACGACAUCCUCACCAAUUUCGAGCAGCGAUGGAAGAAAGCCACUAAAUGGAACAAGAUCGGUCAGAAGCUGACCCGAUUCUCGCGCUGGCACGAUGCUCUCAUCAAGAUUGACAAAAUCUCAUGGAUCAAUAGUCCUUCCAUGAACAUCCCAAAUGAUCAUCCUUUGCUGUGGGUGUAUGAGGAAAAUGAUCCUGAUAACUGGCAUGUUCAGAUUUUCCGGUCCAUAGAUUCCGGUUCGCUCAAGGGAUUUCCCAAGAGUGUGUAUGCAGCUGAAAAGCAAAAUCUGGUUUGUGCUAAAAAUUUGGUGAUUGAUAGAAGCAUUCAAAUGGCUUAUAUCCAAGCAAUUAGAUCUGCUCAACACUUCAUUUACAUUGAGAAUCAAUAUUUCCUUGGGUCAUCUUAUGCCUGGCCCCACUACAAACAUGCAGGGGCUGAUAAUUUAAUCCCAAUGGAAAUAGCAUUGAAAAUAGUGAGCAAAAUAAGGGCUAAAGAGAAAUUCAGAGUUUAUAUUGUUAUUCCAAUGUGGCCAGAAGGUGUUCCUAGCUCUGCUGCUGUUCAAGAAAUCCUUUACUGGCAGGCACAGACGAUGCAAAUGAUGUACGAGCUCAUUGCGAAAGAAAUAAGGUCGGCUAAUCUGGUGAACGCGCAUCCAACGGACUAUCUCAACUUCUACUGCCUGGGCAACCGCGAGGAGUAUCGGAAGAAAUCGUCUAGCGAGGCCUCGUCGACGAGCACGAGGAAGACCAAAUCAGGCCGGUUCAUGAUAUACGUGCACGCCAAGGGAAUGAUAGUGGACGAUGAGUACGUGAUAAUCGGCUCAGCCAACAUCAACCAGCGCUCCAUGGCCGGUUCAAGAGACACCGAGAUCGCCAUGGGAGCCUAUCAGCCGCACCACACAUGGGCCAAGAAGAAGUGCCAUCCGCGCGGCCAGGUGUACGGGUACAGAAUGUCGCUGUGGGCGGAGCAUUUGGGGAAGAUCCACCCUUGCUUCAAGGAAGCCAGCGAGCGGGAAUGUGUCGACUAUGUUAACACAGUUGCGGAAGAGAACUGGAGGAGAUUCACGGCCGACAAGUUCAUGUCGUUGCAAGGUCAUAUUCUCAAAUAUCCCGUGCGUAUCGAUGGCGAUGGAAACGUCAGUUCCCGGCCCGGAUUUGAGACCUUCCCGGAUGUUGGUGGUAAGGUGUUAGGGGCUCCAACUAACCUGCCUGAUGCUUUGACAACUUAA